UAGACAAUCGCAGAGAUGUCGAGGAGAUGUUUGCAAACAAACAAUUUACAUAUAAUUUGACUUGGAUUUAUAAAUUAUAGAACUCAGCAACUGGGAGAUAAUUUAAUCAGCAACCAUGACAUCAAAAUCGUGGAUUUUUAAACCUUUUUUGUCAGUUAUUUUGACAUCGUUAUUGGUUACGGUUGGCCUAAAUUUCUUGUUCGCAAAGCAAGUCUUUGUGAACAUGCUGAGAAAAGGUUUCAACCGACCAUCCUUUGUACAAAAUGCAACGCAUUUAGUAAAUUCGAAUUCAAUAUUAAGUAAUACUUUAAAUAACGCAAAUGGUUUAGAGGCCAAAUCACCGACAGCUCGACCGAAUCAAUGUACUUCUUGUUUCCCGCAGUCUUCUUACAUUUUCUCAAACGUUGACGUUUGUUCAACUGAGCAUCCCCGGUCGUCUAACGUGAAACUGUUAAUGCUUAUUUUUACGACACAUACGAAUACAAUGCAGCGGAACGUAUUGCGUAAAACAUGGACCAGUAUCGCAAAGAAUAACACCUCGGAAGUGAGGUACGUGUUUCUGUUUGGGAAACAUGAUGACCCAAACUGGAAUGAUAAAAUCGUAGAAGAAGCAAAACAGUAUGGAGAUAUCAUUAUCAAGGAUUUCAAGGACACCUAUAGAAAUUUAACGUUGAAGACAAUAUCUGGUUUUCAGUGGGCAGUUGGAUUUUGCCCAAACGCUCGAUACAUUAUGAAAACAGAUGAAGAUAUGUGGGUGAACACACCAAAAUUGCUACAAGAUAUAGACUCCUGGAAUAUUAGUAAAGAAGUGAUAGGACAUUGUUAUUCAACAGGUGCUCCACAUCGGGACAAGAAGUCAAAAUGGUAUGCGUCUCCACUAGAGUAUCCAGAGAAACAAUACCCAGGCUUCUGCUCAGGUACCGGCUACGUCACCACCAUGAGCGUCGCGCAGGCCAUUGUCGGUGUCUCACCACACAUACCAUACUUCUAUCUUGAAGACGUCUAUGUCGCCAUUUGCAUUAGAAAAUUAGGGUAUCAACUUCGCAAUGUAAAAGGCUUUGACAAUAAUAAAGUGCCAUUUAACCCUUGUGAGUAUCAAAGAAUAAUAACAAGCCACGGCGUUGCAAUUUCAGAGUUGAAAGCUGCGUGGAGUGCAAACUGCUAGAUACCGUUAAUGCCUUUAAAGAUGAUUUCAGUGAUAAAUUCAGCAGAGUUAAUGCAAUCCUCUAACUUUGGAAUAACUUCCUCUUUUUUUUAUUGAAUUCCAUGGGAUUUUUAUACAAAAAUGUGCAAUGCCGGAAAAAGUGGUAUACUUUAUAGAUGUAGCACAAUAACCAACAGAGAUUUUGGGAAAUCACUUAUUUCGUCGAGGCAUGCUCUUCCGCCCAAAUCACUCAAAAAUGCUGUUCUGGAAUCUGACUUUGUCGACGUCAAUAUUAACAAAAUAAACCAUCAUAAAUCCUCAAGGGCACGAGAUCAGAAGAAUAUUACGCUGCAGACUAGGCAGAGUAUUGGACAAUGUGUCCGUGAAAAUCAGUAUUUUUUAAAUUAAUUUAUUUAUUUAUCAAAAUCGUAUAAACAUAUAAACAUAUCAGUGAUAAUGACAGUGACAACCUAGUGGGUGUAUGACUUAUCACAAGCUAAAAUAUUUAUGAAAUGGCAUAUUGUUAGUUACAUUUAUUAUUGAUGUUACAAAG